GGGGCAUGUCGGGCGCGCGGGGCGGUGGGCGCGUGGCCCCUCCCCUCGGCGAGCGCGCGGCAGCCGCAGCGGCGGCGGCCGCGGGAGGAGGCGGCGAGGAGGCGGCGCCUGUGUCGGCGCUGGAGGUUGUGUCCUUCCUGGGGAAGCUGCUGUGCGCAGUCGCGGCGCUGAAGGCGGCUCUGUACCUGCUCCGCAGAGUGUGCCUAGCGAUGGCCUGGAAGUCGGGUGGCGCCAGCCACUCCGAGCUCAUCCACAACCUCCGCAGUUUCCAAGCAACAAUCAGUGCUCCACACAUGCAUGCGUAUGCACUUGAACUUCUAUCUGAUCAGCUACAUGAAGGAGCCAAAGCACUUGAUGUAGGAUCUGGAAGUGGAAUUCUUACAGCAUGCUUUUCACGAAUGGUUGGUCCCAAAGGACAAGUUGUAGGAAUUGAUCAUAUCAAAGAACUAGUAGAUGACUCAAUAAAUAAUGUCAAAAAAGACGAUCCCACAUUGCUGUCUUCAGGAAGAGUGAAACUGAUUGUGGGAGAUGGACGAAUGGGAUAUGCAGAAGAAGCUCCCUAUGAUGCAAUUCAUGUUGGAGCUGCAGCCCCAGUUGUGCCCCAAGCACUUAUAGACCAGUUAAAACCUGGCGGAAGAUUGAUAUUACCAGUUGGCCCUGCUGGGGGAAACCAGAUGCUCGAACAGUAUGACAAACUAGAAGAUGGCAGUGUCAAAAUGAAGCCUCUGAUGGGAGUGAUAUAUGUGCCUUUAACAGAUAAAGAGAAGCAGUGGUCCAGGUGGAAGUGAUUUUCUGUUCCACUUACUUCUUCCACACACAUGCAAGGGAUGAAUUGUAAAAGCUACAUCAUCUUGACCCAAACAUAGUGUUACAGUGGACUGCUCAUCUCCCGUUCUAAAAGCUUUUUGAAAACCAACAGCAUUGCAGCUUGUUUUGGACUUCGUUAUACUGUUGUUAUCAGCAUGGAAAAGCGUGGUGUUUGUUUUAUUUUUUUAGAUGCUCAAGGCAAAUCUGAUAAAGAAAUGGUGGAAAGUUUUAUGUGGGCACUGUUUUAUUUAACAUGCCUUUAUUUCACUUUCAUCUGUUCAAAGUGAAUUUCUGCAAAACUGCAGAUAAAGACCUGUAGCUUGUGAACUCUGAUUUUGAUGGGGGAACUUGAACACUCACUUCUCUCGGCUCCUGUGUCCCUUGGUAAAACGCUUCUGUGCACCUUACGACACUAUGUAGGUAAUACCAGGUUUUCUGUGUUCCAACGUCUGCUAGAUGCUACUAAAAGGAGAUGAACUUCCUUUCUAAGCUUUUGACAUGGUGUCAUAGACUAGCAUGUAGUAGAUACAAUCAGCUGCUUUUUUACCUUAAAACCAGGCAUUUGUAUAUAUUAAAUUUCAAGACAUCAGAGGUAGGUGGCUGCUCUUAUCAAACAUUGCUGUUCAAACUGGACAUAACAGACAUGGUUUUCCCUUUCCUUCUAAAACUGAUUAAUGUAAGCUUGAAAUUCUGUUGUGGUUUAUGGCUCAGUGCUGGUGUGAUACACAUGGAGCUAACUCCAUAAAUGUGAGGUGAGCUGUGUUCCAAUCACUGAAUAAUUUACACAAUGCUGCUUUGCCAAGCAAAUUUAAAAGCAAAAGGGGGUUUUGUGCUUGUGUGGAAGAUUAGGAUGGAUAGGUAGUCUGAUAUAUGGAUUGCUAGGUUCUUUAUUAAAAGCCAAAAACCCCCUUUGGUUCCAAAAGAAAGUUGCUUCUGGUAAAGCCAUUUGAUGUAUUAAGAUUCUUGUUUUUAUAAUUGUGGGCACCCAGGAAAAAUUCUGGCUUUUUAAAAAGUGAAUUCUAAAUUGCUGUAAAAGGAAUGCAUCAGAAAGAAUCCUGGACUCCUAAGUACACAUAGAUGCACUUGUUCAGUUUUCGUAUAGAAGAAUAGUUGGAAGGCUAUAAACCUUUUUUUCUCAUGUAAGUUUUGUGUUCUGGUAGUGUAAAAUGUUGACAGCAAAUUAGGAAGCAGUACACUAAGGUGGGCUGCUUUGGGAAAGGGGGGAAGUGUGUCUUCAGUGAUCUUGCUCAUAUUUGAACGAACCAGAAUUAAAGUAAACAGCAUAUUAUCCUUUUUUUUUUUUUUUUUUUUUUUUAAUGAUAGGAAGGAUUUCAGAAUAAAACAACCCAUAGUGAUCACUGGAAAAAAGCCCAAAACAACUUCCUAUGGUGGAAGAGGAAUAAUUUUGUGAUAGGAUUAAUCCCUGAAAGCAUAAAGGUUAUAAUUCAAAGGCCUCUGAAUACGGAAAAGGAACAUUUUAAAUAACCUGCCUUUUGAAGGCCAGCCCCAUUUUGUUCCUCUGUGAAAGAUACUAUGGGACUUAAUUUAUUUAGAUGUUUGGAAGUUAAUGUACCACCUCCUGAUCUGACUGCAGCCUGGGAGCACAUGCACAAGAUUAAUCUUAUAAAGAAAUUAAUAUAGUGCAUAUUCUAGAAAAUACAAUCCAGAAAAAUCCACUUGCGUCUGACAAAUUUGUACUAACCCACAAUCAACUGUGACUCUAGUUCUUGGUGUUGAAGUGAAAUAACUGAUGCAUGCUAACGUUCAACCUUUUGGUCGCUGUAUCUUUCAGUUUGAGUUCAGCUUUAUUUACAUCUUCUCACUAAUUUAAUCAGUUAAAUGAAAGAUAUGAGCUCAACUGUAUCCAAAUUCCUGUCUCUGGACACAGUCUAAUAAGCUAGCCUGACUUGGAAGUGGUGUUAAAGCUGAGACCCGAUGACAGCUUCCUGGGGGAGAACCACUUCAGGAGGUGUAAGGCUUCAGGGACCAAGGCUGGUGGGAUUAGUGCACCCAUUCCACUGAAGGGGCUGAUGACAGUCAAGGUACUCUGACAGAAAGGAGUAUCCAGGAGUAGCAUUUAGGAGUCGAAAAUGGAAACUCCUCCAUGAUGGAGCAAUGGUUCUGAAGUAAAAAACUUGGAGACAAGGACAAGUUGAAAUGCAGAAGACUUGAAGAGCUUGACUAAAUGCUGUGUGAACUGUCUGAAUUGCUACUUUGCCAAAUAAAACAAAUUGAGAGGAAGCUGUA